AUGAACAAUCAGAAUAUUCCGAACAAAAUGCCGAAUUUAACCAUCAUCUACCCUUCUCCUCCCAGUGUAAGUUCUGGAUCGAUCUCGGCAGUUCAAGGAACGUCUACCCAAUUGAGUGAACAAGAAAGGAACAGAAAGAGACGACUGGCGCGACAACGACGCUUGGAAAUCGAUAACCUCAUCAAGAAUAUAUAUGAUCAUGUUUUCGAGAUGUCUGGUGAAAAAUCUCCAAAAACUGAUACAUGUGAUAUGAUGGAAGACAUUCAAAAAGCGAUGGAAUCCCUACUCAAGAAUGUGAUGGAAGAUCCGGAUUUGAGAGCGAGAGUUCUACCACCUGGUUUACUAACACCUAAAGUUACUGAGACAAACACUCGUGUAGAGAAUGCUGCAGUAACUCCUAUGAGGGAAGAAAAGAAAGAAGUGGAAGGAAAAGUGGUAGGAGAAGGAGAAGAAGUGAAGAAUGUACCAUCAGGAUUGAAUGAAGUCCCACCUUCUCUUGUUUCUCCCAUUCCAUCUUCUAUCAAAACUACCUCGACACCAGUGGAAGGUAGUGGAAAGAGAAUGGAUAGUACAGACGGUGGUCUUGAGCAGACACUUCCUUCUUUUUCUGCCAAUGACCCCAACCAAUCCACCUCAUUGCCUCAUGAACCUUCAUCAUCCGAAUGA